AGCCAAGCACGGUUUAAGCUCCGGAUUUCUUCUUCACAAAUCCGUAGGUUGAACAAUGCUUGGCUUUGCGUGUGCAUGUGCAGCUGCUUUUAGAUUUGAUACUUUAUCCGCUCCAUUACAUCUCGUUACGAUGAAACCUCAAAGGCUAGUUAACGGAUGAACGAUUUCCUCAGCACCAGAGGAUGGAUGUUUAUCAUGGACUCCUCGCGUUGAGUGUAGGAUCGUUCGUGCAGAAAUCUGUGAGCACCGAUCAACUUUGCCACUCAUUGCGUCGGCUGAAGAAAUUCCCUUCUCUGCAAAGGACGGAAGAAGAAAAAUGUAGUGACAGUGGAGCCUCAAUCGACACAAGAACUGUUGCUGAAAGUCUGCAGAAAUGCAAAAGUCGAUGCCUGCCCCGGUGGGAAACGUAGACUUGGACAUCCACUUCCACGGAACCGCAUGCACUCAUUGCUCCUGAUUUUCAUGCUGGACCUGUGAGAAACAUGCACGUACGUCGAGUACAGAGUACGAUGGUCCGAGAGUGGCGCACAGGUUUCUGCCCCCGAGCCCGGAGUAGAGAAAUGCGCAAUGUCAGAAAGGUACAGAGGGCGGCAGCUGCGUUCGUACGAGCGUACCCAUGGAAUAUGAGAGUCAACUCCUUGCCAGAAGGCGCUUCACGACGACGACUGCCGUGUUGAAAUCUCUUUCUUCCGUGCUCGUGUGGCGACGAGUUCAUGGCGAACUGGGGAAGGGAGAACAUCGGACCGGCACUAGCUCCCGUACGCAUGGAGUUCCUUUCGGUUUCCAGCUGGAGCUUAUGGCCGGCGAAUCUGCGGAACCGUGUCGUCCUUCGACGUGGGAUUGCUUCCCAUACGACUUCCUCCUCGAUGACUCGACAGAAGAAGGCCGUCCGAGUCCGAGAUGAAGUUGAGUGAGUUGGGCUUGCCUCGACCUCGACAACUGAUUCCAGUGCUUUCUCUAUGUCUUUUCCUUCCGCUCUACUCCUCCGGCCCCGAACACGAUGAAUUCGACUUCGAAUUUCUGGGAGAAGAAACUGGCCAGGCUUACCUUACCUUCUGGACACCGACGUCUUCGUCAUCGGUGUCGGAAAUAGGGAGCGGCGUAUUAGUCUGUGGCUCGAUCCCACAGGCGACUUUCAUACCCACUCGGUUUUCUGAAAUCACCGUCAAAUUACGUGGCUCGUGGAUGACUCGGCGAUCCGAAUUUACAAGUACAUCGACGACCUUCUGACCGACUCUUAUCUGAAAUCUCAACCUAUGACGGUGCAGGCCAGUGUGUUUGAAGCUAGUUCCUGGGCAACACGAGGUGGGGCGGUGCCGAUCAAGUAGCAGUCCACCCCAUUCGCUGUGAAUUAGAAAGACUUCUCGAUCGGGGCCUGUGUGGCGUCCAACGAGGACAUCAGCUCUUGCACGAGCAAUCAUGAAGUAAAUUGGUGGGAAGCUGCGGAACACCAUGCGCCACAACUUCAUGGUAUAUGGCUCCUGUACUGAUAAGAGCAGACAUGGGACGCCUCCCACGGACUGCAGCCACAGCGGUAUUUGAGGCCAUAGACAUGUUUGUGGGUUAACUCGAAUAUUUAAUUGAGAGGUAUGGAUCUUCUUUAUCCCUAGCAUUCUUUCGCCGACGUCGAGAUUACAGUCCUGUGUCCUUCAAUACAUUUUCAAGGCACAAAACUCGAUUCACUCGGCUCGUUUUUUGUCAGCCGUGAAGACCUCACAUGUAGUUUUCAGGUUAGGUAGAACAGAACUGGGAGGCAUAUUGACGACCAGUACACUUGAGAAAGGCAAGACAUUUACAAUCUCUUACAGCUGCACACUGCACCGAGGUUGUGCUACACUAUACACGAAAAGAUGUUGAGCUUUUUGUAGUAAAGAACCAGUUUUCCACGUUAUGUCUCCUGUCCUGCUUCU